CGCAUCCAAGUCAGAGUUCGCACGUCGCGCAGUACAAUCGCAAAUCGAAAUGUCGCAUCUGGUUCACCUGACCGUCCUGCUCCUGGUGGGCCUCCUCUGCCUGGGCGCCACCAGCGCCAAGCCGCACGAGGAGAUCAACAGGGACCACGCCGCCGAGCUGGCCAAAGAGUGCAAGGCUGAGACGGGAGCCACCGAUGAGGAUGUGGAGCAGCUGAUGAGCCACGACCUGCCCGAGAGACACGAGGCCAAGUGCCUGCGCGCCUGCGUCAUGAAGAAGCUGCAGAUAAUGGAUGAGUCCGGCAAGCUGAACAAGGAACACGCCAUCGAGUUGGUCAAGGCCAUGACCAAACACGAUGCGGAGAAGGAGGACGCUCCCGCCGAGGUGGUGGCCAAGUGCGAGGCCACCGAGACACCCGAGGAUCAUUGCGACGCUGCCUUCGCCUACGAGGAAUGCAUUUACGAGCAAAUGAAGGAGCAUGGACUCGAGCUGGAGGAGCACUGAGACCAGAUUUGAGACCCAUGACGACCCCCCGUUGCUGUAUCACAAACGCCCUUCUGGAAUAUAACCAUCUUUUUUUUUAUGUGUAUACUAUGAUCUAAGUACUUGAUAAACUGAGAAACUGCA